GUCGCUUGUACAGUAAAGAGUGCAGAGGACGCCAGCGCCGAUCUUCAGCUUGAGUCUCCUCCCUUGACCAUGUAUCUUAAGAGGUAAAGAGGAGUCAGGUUGACGAUGUGGAGCUUGGCGGUGAUUAGAGUGAUGAUUAUGGUGGCCACAGUGACGCUCCUGAUGUCUGACUUAGUGGAGACCUUCCCUCCACAUUAUAGCUGGCAACAAGACGCUGGUGGUGCUGUGGGCGCCGUGCUGGAGGCGGUGUCUCAGCCCACCUGCUCCCUCAUCCUCCUCACAGAUGGCACCACCUCACCCUCCACCAUCCUCAAGGAGAGUGUAGUAAGAAGGAGCCCCUGGGGUGUGGGGGUGUUCGAGGAGGUGUUGGACGGCCAGGACGCUAACGAGACCCUGGUGCUGCUCUCCCGCCUGCUCCACCAGGCUCGACAGGUGAGGAUGGGGUCUCGGUGUGUGCGGGUGGUGGUAAUAAGUCACGACCCGGUCUUCCUCGACACCUUCGCCGAGUGGUCCCUCAAGGGCCGCCUCCUGGUGUGGGCCACCAAGCUGCUGGUGGCUGGUCCUCCUCACCCAAGCACUCCCACUACCCACCCAGGUAAUAUACACAAUGAACACCAUCUUGUUCAACCUGGAGGACACACCACCCAACCUCGGGUAAUAUACACAAUGAACACCAUCUUGUUCAACCUGGAGGACACACCACCCAACCUCGGGUACAGUGUGUAUACUCACCUGCCGUACAGUCCAGAAGGCGCCCAGGUGUUGCGGGUGGCUGUGUGGACACCAAGACACGGCCUCCGCCUCCUCACAGCCCUGCCACUAUUCCCUGAGAAGUUCUCCAACUUCCACGGGGCGGAGGUGAAUGUGACGGUUCAGCCUUGGCCGCCCUACUGGAUGGAGACAAAAGAGGCGGCGGCUGACGGAAAUUUUGUUACCACCUACGAGGGCUGUGACUACCUUGCACUCAAGACCGUCUCCCAGACUCUCAACUUUACUAUCAAUGUGUUUCCUACUUAUUCCUGGGGCGAGGCAGUCAAGAGAGUGGAGGAGCGGGUGGCGUACCUUACAGCGGUGUACCAUGUAGCUCUCCCAGAACGCUGGCAACGGUACGACUUCACGUACAUCUUCGAGUUUAAUCAAAUGUCAUUUGCUCUGGCCAAGCCCGGCCUGAAGCCCCGCCUGGAGAGCCUCUACUACCCGCUCACCAACGAAGUGUGGGCCGGGGUGUUGGUCAUCCUCCUCCUCAUGCCCGCCAUCUUUUAUGUGAUCUACAGAGGAAGAGAGAAGCAGGGUGGACGGCUGCGGGUGGGAGCUGAGGUGCUGGAGGUGAUGGGGAUCCUGGUAGGCCAGAACCUGCCACAGCAGCUCCCACCUAUCACCUCCGGCCGCCUCCUGGUGGUGGCGUGGCUGGUGUUCGCCCUCAUCAUCGGGACGGCCUACCGUGGCAACCUCACAGCCGCCCUCACGCUGCCCAAGUACCCGCCCCGGCCAGAGAAUGUGGAACAGCUGGUGGACGUCGUUGAUGGGGUGACGAUACCGCCAUAUGGGAAUCAGUGGCGUGAAUUUUUUGCGGCUUCGAACUCAGAUGUGUACAAGAAAUUGGCCGAUCUAUUAGUGAUUGGCCCGUCCACCAGGGAGGGGCUGCAGAUGGCCCUUGAUCAGAACACAGCACACGUGACGAAUCGGCGGACCCUGUCAUAUCUGAUCGUGAAGUACUUCACCCAGGUGGACGGCACCACCCGCCUCUACCUGACCAGGGAGACUCUCUUCCCCGGACCCUCCGGCUGGCCCAUCCCUCAUGACGCCCCCUACAAGCCUCAGCUCGACCGGUGCCUAGUCGUCUUUGAUGAGGGUGGCCUGUACGAAAAAUGGAGCGAUGACAUUUUGAAUAAGAACCGUAGGGAGACCCAGCGACGCCAGCGGGAACACCUGGCUGAGCAGCGGCAGCAGGGUCAACAGGUGGCAGAGGAGACGACAGGGUCUGACGUGAGCAUCACCGCCCUCACAGUCACACACAUGCUGGGACCCUUGGUGUUCAUCCUGCUCGGUCUCCUCCUCGCUAGUAUUAUUUUUGUCGUUGAAAUAUCUGUAGUAUCUCGUAAUUAGUCUCUGGGAUACACAAAUAUAGGCUAUAAACUUUCCUUGGAGAGUCAAACUACUAAAAUUUUCCCAGCAACUCAAGUACAACGGAAUGUUCUAAAUAUAAACAAAUCAUUGUGAUUUACCAAUAUACGAAACAAAUUUGUCACACAGCGAUUGCCUACGCCUAUUGGUACUCUAGAAUAGAAGUGUGUUAACCAUCAGAAAAACGUAGGUAAUAAGCUGAAAAGAAUAUAAAUCAGCAGAGUGAGACUUUCCCUAGAAUUAUGGAAAUGUGUCAACUUGGCACACGGAGAAUUCUCUCGAGUUACAACUGCUCACCACUUCUCAGAGCUAAACUUCAGUGUAUCUUUAUAUUAUACUCAGACUCUAGUAGUCAAAUGUGUAAACGUUGAAUAUCUGCAGUGAAAUUUGACGUUAAUUGAAGUAGUAGUAAUAAUGUCAGUCUCGCCACACCUUCAAGACCAUAGAAACAGUGUAGUCAAUACCAUACCACUCUCGUCUUGUUAGUCUCCAUAGUGUCAUGUUUAUGUUCACUAAAAUACAUUAUGUUCAUCACUGGAAUACAUCUGUAAUUAAUAAAUAAAACUUCUGUUCACGAGUAA